AAGGAAAGACGUGGGAACCAUAGGUCCGAACGUCGAUGCUGCUUGAAGAAGAAGCACAAUCUUUUCCCUCUCAAGGUUCGAUCUGCGGAAGUAGCAAACAACUCCGACUGCGAGAACGAAAAACACAGAACUCCUAUGAAGCCUAUUUCCAUUUCUGGCAUAAACCACAAACACUGCAUAUCCAAAUUUCCUCAACUGGAAAACCUUUCUAAUUCGGCCUCUGUGCCCCAGCUAAAAAGUUUGCAAUUGAAGGAACACCUUGGUUGCCCAUUUCCUCUUGGGCUCGUUUUAAUUCUUCGGCAUCUGCAUUUUCGGCAUCAAAAACACCACAAUUACCAUAAAUCCAAUCAUCAAGCCCAUAGGGCUUUUCACGAUGGACAUAACCGAGAAAGGUUCUCGUAUCUGAAAAUCAACGUCGAAAAUUUAGUAAUUGCUUUAGUUACAGUUAUCGACACUAUCAUAUCGAAUAGAAUAUGCAGAGUAAAGAGACAAGAAGGUGACUUUUUGACCACCGUUGAGAAUAAUUUUGACAUUUGCAAUUUUAGCCGGGAGGCCAAAUCCAGUUGCACUGAAUCCUUG